AUGGCAGACCCGUCCACCUGCCCGCCACUGGCGCCGUCCUCCAUCCGCAAUGCCUACACGAAAAUCAAAACCUACGUCCAUAGAACUCCCCUCAUUACGAGCAGAUCCCUGAAUGCCAUUGCCUCGUCCAGCGACCCGUCGGUGUUUCUGUCCGACGACCCGCCACCUUUCGACUCGGCAGAGUCAAACGUCAAUGACGCUUCUCCCCAAUUCCGGCUGUAUUUCAAAUGCGAGAAUUUCCAGAAGAUCGGGGCGUUCAAGGCCAGAGGCGCUUUUCAUGCCGUGACCAGGCUGAUCGAGGAGCUGGGGAUCGAUGAGGUUAGGACGAGAGGGGUUGUCACGCAUAGUAGUGGAAACCACGCCCAGGCGCUCGCCCUCGCAGCUUCGACAUUCUCCAUCCCUGCUUACAUCGUCAUGCCUUCGAUAUCCACCACGUCCAAAAUCGCCGGCACUCGUCUGUACACCCCGAACGUAAUCUUCAGCGGCUCCACCUCCCAAGAGCGGGAAGCCGUUGUCGCCGACGUCAUCAAGGAGAAAGGCGCGAUCCUGGUGCCGCCGUACGACCAUCCCGACAUCAUUCUGGGACAAGGGACGGUGGGGUUGGAGAUGGAGGAGCAGUUGCGCGAACUUGGGGGUGAGAACGGCGGCACGGCCAGCUUCGAUGCGGUGAUCACGCCCAUCGGCGGCGGUGGCCUCUUAGGGGGUGUCGCCACCUUCUUCUCCUCCCAACCUGACACGUUGGUUUUCGGGGCGGAACCGUCCUUCCAAGGCGCCGACGAUGCCCGGCGCGGGCUCCUGCAGAACCAAAGAAUCGAGCACGUCAAGUCGCUGACCAUCGCCGACGGCCUCCGCACGCCCGUCGGCCUGACCAACUGGACGAUCGUGUCGGACCGUACCAAAGUCGAGGGCCUCUACGCCGUGGGCGAGGAGGACAUCAAGAAGGCCAUGCGGCUGGUCUUUGAGCGGCUCAAGCUGGUCGUCGAGCCCAGCGGCUGCGUGCCCCUUGCUGUCGUGCUGUUUAACCGCGAGUUCCGCGACAUGGUGGCCGAGCGCCAGCGGAUACGGGACGGCGGGACGACCUCCUCCCCCUGGGAUGUCGGCAUCGUGUUCAGUGGUGGGAACACGACCAUGAAGGCCAUCGCGACGUUGUUCGGCCAGGAUGAUGUUCGCAAGGGGGCGGGGGAGAGGGAGGCUGGGAAGGUCGGCGUCGAUAGCGCGAAGAAGGUCGAGGACGCGGCAGGGUGA